CCCCGAGUCCGCGCGUGUUUUUUUCUUUAAAGUUUCAUUUUAUUUUAUUUUAAUGCAGCCCUAAUUCUUCGCCCUGCCUCCCAAGCCUUCAGGAAGAUCGCAAAAAGAGAGAGAGAGAGAGAGAAAAGGAAGAAGCGUCAAAGCCACAAGACGAUGCAACGCCCCGCCGCCCUGCCGAGAGCAAAAGCCUGUCGCGGCCCCCCUUCGGCCUGAAAAGCAGAAGCCCGUCUGAUUCUGCCCGACGGCUCCUCUGCCUCAGCCCGCGCCCAUGACUAGCGAGCGGUGGCGGCAAAAAAGGCGACCGUAGUCAGAAGAGGCGGCGGCUGAGGAGGAGAAGGAGGAGGAGGAGGACGGCUGAGCCCUCCCCUCCUCCUCGUUUUUUUGCCUGGGCGAAGAAUGCCGGAGGCGCCUGUGGCCGCCCUGCGCGGAGCUUGAAGGCAGCGCCUGGUGCCUCCGUCGUCGACGCCUAGCCUCGACCAUGGUGGUGGCUCCCUUUUCCUGAAGCCGAGCGGCUUUUAUAGCCAAGGACGGAGGGUUUUCCGCCGUCCCCCUGGCCGCGGGCUGGUAUGCGCGGGCAGCGGCGGGAUGGCCUCGGCUGUGUUUGAGGGCACCUCGCUGGUGAACAUGUACGUGCGGGGCUGCUGGGUGAACGGCAUCCGGAGGCUGAUCGUCAACCGACGCGGGGACGAGGAGGAGUUCUUUGAGAUCCGAACCGAGUGGUCGGACCGGAACGUCCUUUACUUGCACCGCAGCUACUCGGACUUGGGCCGCCUCUUCAAGCGCCUGCUGGACUCCUUCCCGGAGGAUCGCCCCGAGCUGUCACAGUCCCCCUUCCUCCAAGGCUUAAUUACAAUUAAAGAGUCUCAUGACAUAGAAGCCAGGCUGAACGAGGUAGAGAAGCUUCUAAAGAAUAUUAUAAAUAUGCCUUGGAAGUAUUCCAGAUCUGAAGUUGUCCUCACCUUUUUCGAAAGGUCUCCUUUAGAUCAAGUGUUAAAAAACGACAACGUCCAUAAAAUCCAACCAAGUUUCCAGAGUCCAGUUAAAAUAUCUGAAAUCAUGCGUUCGAACGGAUUUUGUUUAGCUAAUACUGAAACGAUAGUGAUUGAUCACAGUAUACCGAACGGCAAAGAAAGACACUGUGAUGCCGAUUCAGCAGAACACUUGUUUGAAAAUGUUAGUGAAUUUACCUCUGAGUUGCAGGACACUGAUGACCCAACAGCUUAUGUCACCAACUUGUCAUACUAUCAUCUGGUUCCAUUUGAAACAGAUAUUUUGGACUAAGACUGUAAAACAGACUUCACGGCUGACAUCAGGCAAUUGUCUUUUCUUGGGCAUUCAGUGCCUCCCCCGCAGCUUUUGCACUGAUGAUGCCUGCUAUAGGUAUAUGACACAAGACAGAAAAGGAUUCCUACAAAUGUAAAUCUGGAAGGCUGAUAUCAUUGUUUGAUUCUUCACUGUGGCUGCCUGGGUCAACUUGCAAGGGUGCUUUUCUCCUCUAAUGGGCAAAGAAAUUUUUAUAUGGCCAAAAAGAAUGAAGCAAGGACAUCAAAAGCUUAAGUUGAUUCAAAGAAUAAGUGAUGCACUGAUAAAACUUUGAUGAUUCCAAAAUGGAAACAAAGCAUCAGCGGUACCAAUAGCUACGGUGAAUUUUGAAAAGAAACUUCAUGUUCUUCCUCGGUCAAGCGGUCUCCAAUCCCACCCAACGUUUUGAACUUCUUUUUAAUUGAAAGAUUCAUUAUGAUCAGACGCUAGAGGAUUUAUAUUUUAUAUUUUCAUUUCUCAUGACGGCUUGCAAGAAACGUCCAGUAGUUUGUUUACAGGGAAGUAUUCCAGAGUAAGUGAUGCCUUAUGUAAUGUGUGCCUACAAGAAAUAAGCUCAUGAAUUGACUGCUUAGUUUAAUUUAAUUUGAAACCGAGGAUUUUAAUCUGUUGAGCAGCUAUCAUUUUCUCCUGAAAUAAAUAAUAAUAGUGAAACAAAAGAGUAAAUAAGCAAGUUGUAGCUCAAAGAUAAAGGGAAAUGCUGAUGAGUUUUAAGUGAUCCAUCUAAACUUUUGGGUUUUUUUCCCCAGGAAUUCUCCAUGAUUUUUUUUUCUUCUACAAUAGGAACAUUUUGCAAUGCUCAGUAUUAAUGUUUACACAGGUGGGGUACAUUUCUUCCUGUCACUUAACUUUCCAUGGACUAGAACAAGUAACUUGCCAAAAGUAUGAUUUCCAUGGUGAGUAAUCUGCAGCACCGCUCUCUUAAAUAUAAAUAACAACAAAGGAAUAUGGAGUGGAAUUCACAGUUUGGUGGGAUGGAUUCAUGUUAUCAAACAGCUUUAAUGUUAUGAAUUAUGUGCCGCAAAAACACUGCUUUCUGUGGCACAUCACUGGCAUGCGCAGUAUGAGCUUCAGCCCAGAGAAAAAUCUGAUCUUGCAUUAGGUGAUUUUACAGCAGCAAAGCUUAAACAUUUGUGAAAGGAGAGAACAUUUUCUUCCACUCAUAAUAGGAAUGCAAGCGAUUAUUCAUACCCCUCAAUCAGCUUAUUACUGCUAUCAUUAUUUGAAAAUUACCCCACUGUUCUGUUUAAGGACCAGCCUUCCUCCCCGGCUCAUCUUGUGUGAUAAGUAAAAGUAAAGGAGUCCCUUUUUACUCUGCUAGUCAUUGCUGACUAUAGGGAGUGGUGCUCAUCUCCAUUUCGAGGCCAUUGAGUCAGCACUGUCCAAAGACGUAUCCGUGGUCCUGUGGUCAGCAUGACAUCAUGUAGCGCUGAGCAGUCAAGACACUGGGCUUGUCGGCAAGCGCCGCGUGACGGGGUGAGCUCCCAUUCUUGCCCCAGCUCCUGCCAACCUAGCAGUUCGAAAGCAUGCAAACGUGAGUAGAUAAAUAGGUGUCACUUCAGUGGGAAAGUAAUAGCAUCUGUUAUGAUAAGCGAACAAGAACUUCUUUUCCUGUAAUAAUAGCAUAGGACCGUGGUGGCGAACUAUGGCAUGAGUGCCACAUGUAGCAAGGAGAGCCCUUUCUGUGGGCAUGCGUGCCAUUGCCCCAGCUCAGCUCCACCGUGCAUGCACAUGCUCUUCCCGCCUGCCAGCUGGCCUUUGGGUCUUGGCCGCGCAUGUGCAGGGGCCGGGGGUGCAUGCACGUGGGACAUCCUUGCAUUUUGGGUAUGUGCACGUGCACAUUUUGGGCACUCGGAGUUCGCCUUCACUGGCAUAGGAGAUUGAUGGCCUACAGUACCAAAACAUUGACAUGCAGCCUAUAUUGAACUUCUGUACUCAUUUGUUAAGAAUGCAGGCACUUCCCCAAAGCGUGAUCCUUGUCGUUCUUAGACCUUCCUUUCAGGUGGCCAUAAGCCCGAAGAAGAGAAUAUACAAUUCUCCAUGAAAGAGGUAUGGCAGAAGUAAAAUCCAUGGAGCUAAGGCCACGAAUGAGACAUGGAUGGAGAAAAGAGAAUUGAUUCUCCCGUGAAAAUACAACAGCCAAAACGGGGCUUAAACUGCUGGGUGUUGUUGUUUUAACAUUGAUCUGAGAGAGAGCUCACAGGGUAGCAUUCAACCACAUAGUGAUUGAAUUAUUUACAAGAGGCCCAUCUGCAGGUGUUUCAGUCAUCACUUCCUUUGUCAAGAUGUUCUGGAAUUGUUCUGUAUUUUAGAGUUAGGUUACAGUGAAUUAUUGAUGCCAAGCUGUAGUUUACAAGGAUUGGGAAAUGACAGUGAAGGCAGUAUUAAACCAACAAAUGCUUGCAAUGUUGAUUAAUGUCCAUAAUGUAAUGGAAAUCAGUACAUUCUAUUAAUUAAUUCUGUUUCCCCCCUCUUGGCUGGGAAGCAUAUGGUACAUCUUCCUCAUCGCUAAAGCUUUUCAGAAUCUUUUGUAUAAUAACUGUAAAGCAACAUUUGCAAUUGUAAAUAUUAAUAAGUUAUUGAAAAACCUAACUCUUCUACAAAAUAUGUUUCCAUUAUAUUUUAAUGAAAUAAAAGUAUUACUCAUCUUCAAUGUAA